CUUGCUCUCUGGCGGUAAAGGACAGCAGGGCUCGCUUCGUCAGAGAUCUCAUUUCAGAUUAUAAUUAGCUCACUUUGGGAACAGUUGCAAGCGGUCUGGGCGUCAGAAACGGGUGGGCUCUGGGCAAACCUGUCUGCGGCCGUUAGCACAAGGUACUUGGCCGCCAGCGAUGCCGCCGCUAGAGGCGCGAGUCACGCCUGUUACCGCCACCAACAGAGAUAGAGCCAGAUAAGGGACACCACAGAAAAUAUGGAUCGAGAGCUAAGGGGAGUGGAAAAUUUGAUGCCGUGCCUGACUAUGGAUCACCCUUUUCCCUUCUUCCUGCCUUAAGCUGGGUUCUGGGUGGGUUUAAAAAGAAACUUGACAGCUCUCUGGAUCAAGCAUCAGCAAUCCCAAUUCUCUCCCAUUGAGUUGUUGGCUUACCUCGUUCCUUCAAGAUGGCUACCACCACGACAGUGACCAAGCGCGGAGGCGCCGUGGCCUCAAUCAAGCUGCCCGAGGGUGAGAGUCGGUUUCCCGAUAUCAACACCAUCCGGGCUGCCAUUCCCAAGCACUGCUUUGAGCCAUCCGUGGCCAUCUCCAUGGGUUAUCUGGUGCGCGAUGUUGUCAUGAUUGGAGCUCUUGGCUGGGCUGCCAUCACGUACAUUCCCACCAUUCCUGAUUCCACUCUCCGGACCAUUGCCUGGAUUGUCUAUGGCUUCGUUCAGGGCCUGGUCUGCACUGGUCUUUGGAUCCUGGGACACGAGGCCGGACACGGCGCCUUUUCCAAGCACGGCUGGCUCAACCACGUUGUCGGCUUCUUCUCUCACUCUGCUCUGCUGGUGCCGUACUACUCCUGGAAGUUUUCUCACCACCGCCACCACAUGUUCACCGGCCACAUGGAGAAGGACAUGGCCUUUGUUCCGAGGACCAAGUCGGACUAUCUCAAGCGCGCAAUGGCUUCCCUUGAGAUGCUCGAGGAUACGCCCGCCUACCAGUUCGUCACGCUGAUGUUUCACCAGCUCUUUGCCUGGCAGGUUUACCUCACGUUCAACAUCUCAGCUGGCAGAGGUAGUCUUCAGAAGAGCGCAAACACCAUGUUCGGCAAGAGCCACUUUUCGCCAAACAGCGCCGUAUUCCGCCGUAGCGAGGCUCCUUGGAUUGCGCUGUCCGAUGUCGGCCUCGGCUUGACCUUUUUCGCCCUGUACAAGCUCGCUGGCGUCGUGGGAACGAGCACCGUGCUGCUGGCCUAUGCCCAGCCUUACUUCUGGGUUCACCACUGGCUGAUCGCCAUCACCUAUCUCCACCACACUCACAUGGAGGUGCCUCACUACCAGGCCGAGAACUGGACCUUUGUCAAAGGCGCCCUGGCUACUGUCGACAGAGAGUUUGGCUUUGUUGGCCGCCACCUGUUCCACUGCAUCAUUGAGCACCACGUUGUUCACCACCUUUUCCCCCGUAUUCCCUUUUACUAUGCUGGAGAGGCCACCGAGGCUAUCAAGCCUGUGCUCGGCGAUCUGUACUACCGCGACGAGCGGUCCUUCAUUGGACAGCUCUGGACCAACUUCACCAAGUGCAAGUACGUGGUUGCCGAUGAGUCGGCGCCUGGAGCUCUCAAGUGGGCGCAAUGAUUGAAUGAACGAUUUUGUUGAGGUUGGAGAUUUAUCGGCUCGGCAGGUUGGGUAUUUCAGAGAAAAUGGCGGUAAAACUCGGAUAGAGGAUCGGGUCGGCUUUGCACGAUCAUUG